AUGCUCGGUGCCAUCUGCUCGCUUUCACCUGUGCCCUUGCAGCCGCUUCUUCUUGGGUUAUAUGGUGCACACAGCACUCUGCUCAUGUUUCCUCUUAUCUGCUCCAUCAUCUCUGCUGUUGCUGGUGUUGUGGUCGCGACUGUCGGAGCGUCCGCUGUAAAGUGGUGCUGGAAUAAUGAUACAGGCCUGGGCGCAAUUUUCGCCAGUCUGGGAAUCACGCCUGCCAUUGCUGCUGGCUUUGCGGCGACCAUCUUUAUGUUCAUCAGACUUGUUAUUCAUAUCCGCAAAAACCCAGUACCAUCGGCGGCCCUUACUGCUUGCACUGCAUCCUUCGCACACGGAGCAAACGACAUUGGAAACUCGGUUGGGCCCUGGGCCGUGAUUUACUCUGCUUGGUCUACCGGGAAUGCUGCUGCUUCCAAGGCUGCUAUCCCUAUAUGGAAACUUGCAGUUUUGUCGUCAUCCAUUUCACUCGACCUCAUUACCUAUGGCUACAAUCCCAGAAGGAUUGCGUAUCAGAGGCUGCUCUAUGGAAAGGGAUACGCCCUUACUGUUCCUGUCUUCUCACAGUUCUCACUUCCUGCAUCUACGUCCGUGUAUCACCGGUGUAACGGUGUUCUCAAGGCGGUCAACUGGCAACAAGCCGGUCUACUCCUUCUCUCCUGGAUUGUCACCAUCCCCAUCGCAAGCAUUUUAGGCGAUGUCCUCAUGGACUUAGUUCUAGAUGCCCCGCACUUCCUUCAGGGCAUUCGGUGA